AUGUUUAGCAUGUUUAGAAUACGUGAUUACGCUAAUAUUCAAAAUACUGCUACUGGAUCAAUGAGAAACAGUAAUCAAGCUGUUCGCAUCAAUUCAAAUCGUCGUAUAACAAGAUCUGCUACAGCAGUUCUUAGUAACCAGAUACUAGCUCGUACACGAGUUACUCAACCAGAGGGAUAUACCAAGAACAUUGAAAAAAAUACAACUUUAAUAUGUAUGAACUGUGAAGUUAAACUGAAAGAUAGGCUGUUUGCUUUAGAUUGUGGGCAUGGAAUGCAAGUCUGGGUUAAACAUGGAGAAAAUUGGGCAGUAAAAGUUAUCCUAAGAAAAAAAAGUGAUGUUGAUUAUUUAAAAGAAGCAAUCAAAGUAAAGUUAUCACCCUCUUUGGACAAUGUUCCAAUUAGUCGGAUCAUUUUAAAAAGACAUGGCGAAGAAACUGAGUUGCGCCCUGGUUUAACUAUAGAUAAGAACUUUACAACUACCACUGACACACCAAUUCAAGUAUUAGUAAAAGAAUCUGAAAACGGUAAAAUUAAUGAAAUUUUAAAAACUUUAAAAAAUCAGAGUGAAAAUUUAGAAAAUAUGGUAAAGAAUCGGAAUGAAAAUUUAGAAAAAAUGAGCAAGGAACUCGAUGAACGCGAAACUAAAACUAUAUCAAUUGUCACAGGUAUAAUUCCUACGUCUCUUGGAAUAAGUGACUGA